AUUUGUGCGAGGUCCAAUUGAAGGAAGUGAACUUUUACGCUCUGCUGCGUGAGUCACGGCGGGCGUUGGAGUCAGCGAGCUCUGACGCUCGCCUCUCACACGCCGGCUCCCGUGCCUACGAGCGCAACGCUCCGCUCCGCUCGUCCGCUGUGGCAGCCCUCGAUCGUUAGCCAACCUUUAAGCGAGUUUUGGCGGAUUGGCGAAGCUCCGUUGUUGUUAAGUCAGGGAUAGUGUCGGUAGCCCAGCGCACGAUCUGUUGCGUUUGUAUUUAUUCUUGAGCGAGCGUUGUUUUUUUUGUCGUGUUCGGUUUGAACGCGAGCGUUAGUCGGUAAAAAAAUGUUUUGUUAAAUAUUAGAUCGGCGGUAUUUAUUUUUGUUAGCAAUAUUUUUUUGCUUGACGAACGUCAAUGCAAAUCGGCUUUUAUUUAUUGAUUUCUGAGUUUUACGUCGUAUUCCGUGCACAUUUGAACGAGUCCGUCAGAUUUUUGUUUCUCACGUCCAAUUUAUAACGUAGGCAAUUAAUAUAUUUUUCUUCCGAUUCUACGUACAAUUGUUUUUCAACUCGCGUAGCGAGAGUAAAAAAAGCGAAAUUUUACGCGUAUAAAAUCAGUGCGCUCAAGUUUUGGCCAUGCAAGGCAAGCUGCGAAUGUCGCACGUGAGAGCCAGCAUACAGCGCCGCCUCGCCUCGUCCUCAUCCUUCUCCUCGUCCUCCUCCACCUCCACCACCACCUCCACGUCCUCCUCCUCGGGGGGCCGCGUGGCCCGCUUUCUCACGCGGACCGCGUCGCUGCGAGGCCGCGAUGAGAAGCGUGACGAUGACGACGGCGGUGGCGGCACCGGCACGACCACGCGAGUCUCCGUGCAGCGCUCCCACAGCCUCAACCACAACGGGGCCAAGGGGGCCCCGCGCAGACGCAGAGUGCCAACAGACCUGACCCCCGAGGAGCAGCUGGAGCUGAGCAAUGUGCGCCGUCGCAAGCAGGAGAUACUCGCGGAGAUCGAGCGACUAAAGAACGAGAUAGCGGACGUGAUGAAUGAGAUGGAGACCAUUGAAUUCAUGGAUGGAAGUAAAACCAUGCAGCGCAACAAGCAGAUGACAGCCGGUCGCAAGAAGUUCAACAUGGACCCGAAAAAGGGCAUUCGCUACCUGGUGGAGAACGAUCUGCUCAAGAGCUCACCGGAAGACAUCGCCCAGUUCCUCUACAAGGGUGAAGGGCUGAACAAGACGGCCAUCGGCGACUACCUGGGAGAGAGGGACGAGUUCAACCUGAAGGUGCUGCAGGCCUUUGUCGACCUCCACGAGUUCACGAACCUCAACCUGGUGCAAGCUCUCAGGCGAUUCCUGUGGAGCUUCCGUCUGCCGGGCGAGGCCCAGAAGAUCGACCGCAUGAUGGAGGCGUUUGCGGCGCGCUACUGCCAGUGCAACCCCGGGGUGUUCCAGUCCACCGACGCUUGCUACGUCCUCUCCUUCGCCAUCAUCAUGCUCAACACGAGCCUGCACAACCCCAACGUGCGCGACAAACUCACCGUGGAGCGCUUCGUCAUCAUGAACCGCGGGAUCAACGACGGGGGCGACCUGCCGGAGGAGCUGCUCCGGAACCUGUACGAAAGCAUCAAGAACGAGCCGUUCAAGAUCCCCGAGGAUGACGGGAACGACCUGACGCACACCUUCUUCAAUCCCGACCGCGAGGGCUGGCUCCUCAAGCUAGGAGGCGGCCGAGUAAAAACGUGGAAGCGGCGGUGGUUCAUCCUCACCGACAACUGCCUCUACUACUUUGAGUACACCACGGACAAGGAACCUCGCGGGAUCAUCCCUCUGGAAAACCUGAGCAUUCGGGAGGUGGACGACCCCAAGAAGCCGAACUGCUUUGAGCUGUACAACGACGGCGGCGGGCUGGUGAAGGCGUGCAAGACGGAGGCGGACGGCCGGGUGGUGGAGGGCAACCACGUGGUCUACCGCAUCUCCGCGCCGACGCCGGAGGAGCGCGACGAGUGGAUCAAGAGCAUCAAGGCGAGCAUCAGCAAAGACCCCUUCUACGAGAUGCUGGCGGCGAGGAAAAAGAGGGUGGCCAGCAAGAAGUCGAGCUAAGAUGCGCCGCGUCGAGCCACGGACCGGCGGUGGGGGGGGGGGGAGUGGGGGGGGG